AUGAGCGCGGCCUCGACGGCGCUGGCGGGCAGCAAGGGGGGGCCGCAGGCGGUGGGGGGCCGGGCGGGGGCCUCGUCGGGGCGGGGGGAGAGCGGCGGCGGCGGCAAGGAGGUGCCGGAGGUGCUGGUGGACCCGCGGAGCCGUCGGCGGUACGUGGUGGGGCGCUUCCUGGGCAAGGGGGGCUUCGCCAAGUGCUACGAGCUGACGGACGCCGAGAGCCGGGCGGUCUUCGCCGGCAAGGUGGUCUCCAAGACGCUGCUGCUGAAGGCGCCCCAGCGGGAGAAGAUGUCCAUGGAGAUCGCCAUCCACCGCAGCCUCCAGCACCGCCACGUCGUCGCCUUCCACGGCUUCUUCGAGGACUCCAACUUCGUCUUCGUCGUCCUCGAGCUCUGCCGCCGAAGGUCUCUUCUGGAACUGCACAAGCGCCGGAAAGCGCUGACGGAACCAGAGGCCCGCUACUUCCUGCGGCAGAUCAUCUUGGGCUGCCAGUACCUGCACAGCAACCGGGUCAUCCACCGCGACCUCAAGCUGGGCAACCUCUUCCUGAAUGAUGACAUGGAGGUGAAGAUAGGUGACUUUGGCUUGGCCACAAAGGUGGAGUACGAGGGGGAGCGGAAGAAGACCCUGUGCGGGACCCCCAACUACAUUGCCCCCGAGGUUCUGGGCAAGAAGGGCCACAGCUUCGAAGUGGACGUGUGGUCCAUCGGCUGCAUCAUGUACACCCUCCUGGUCGGGAAGCCCCCCUUUGAAACCUCCUGCCUGAAGGAAACCUACCUGCGGAUUAAGAACAACGACUACAGCAUCCCUUCGCACAUCAACCCCAUAGCUGCUAGCAUGAUCCGGAGAAUGCUGCGCUCAGAUCCGGCCACCCGCCCAACCAUUGAGGAGCUGCUGAGCGACGAGUUCUUCUCGACGGGCUACAUCCCUUCCCGCCUGCCCACCACCUGCCUCACCGUCCCGCCCCGCUUCUCCCUGGCCCCCAACGGGCCUGACCCCAGCGGGAGGAAGCCCCUGACUGUAGUCAACAAAGGCCCUGACAGCCCCAUGCUGGAGAAGUUGCCGGAGAAGGAGGAGGAGGCGGCCCUGCGAGAGCAAGGCGAGUCUGUGGACAGUCUCCUGAUGGACCUCUUGCAGCAGCUGACCAUGGUGAAUGCUUGCAGGCCUUCUGAGAAGAUCCCUGUGAGGCAAGAGGAGGCCGAGGACCCAGCCUGCAUCCCCAUCUUCUGGGUCAGCAAGUGGGUGGAUUAUUCGGACAAGUAUGGCCUAGGCUACCAGCUGUGCGACAACAGCGUGGGCGUCCUCUUCAACGACUCCACCCGCCUCAUCAUGUACAACGAUGGGGACAGCCUGCAGUACAUUGAGCAGAACGGCUCUGAGUCCUACUUCAACGUGCGCUCCUACCCGGGCAGCUUCAGCAAGAAGGUGACGCUGCUGGAGUAUUUCCGGAACUACAUGAGUGAGCACCUGCUGAAAGCCGGCGCCAACAUCACCCCUCGGGAGGGGGACGAGCUGGCCCGCCUGCCCUACCUGCGCACCUGGUUCCGCACCCGCAGCGCCAUCAUCCUGCACCUCAGCAACGGCACCGUGCAGAUCAACUUCUUCGAGGACCACACCAAGGUCAUCCUCUGCCCCUUGAUGGCGGCCGUCAGCUACAUCAACGAGAAGCGGGAGUUCCGGACCUACAAACUCAGCCUGAUCGAGGAGUUUGGUUGCUGCAAGGAACUGGCCAACCGCCUGCGCUUUGCCCGCACCAUGGUGGAGAAGCUGCUGAGCUCCAAGGCGGGCACGCCCAGUACCAAGCCUUCCGCCUAGAGGCCGGCCGGGACGGAAGACAGUCUCCUGCUUCCGGAAGCAUCCAGGGGCAGUGCCCGCCCCUCCUGCCCUGACACUCAGCAGCCUCGAGGCCGGUUCCAGCCCGGCCAGACUGUUCCUCCAGGUUCCUGGCAAAGCACGUGCAAGAAAGCUGUCUCUUUUCCCUUCCUCCCCACCCCCUCUCCCUGUUUUGGUGGAGAAGAUGCCCCCAGCCGCCUGGCGUGCAGCACUGCCUCUUCUGUGUGAGGGGGUGGGAGAGGCUGGCAGGGGGCACAUCAUGUAAGUUAUUUAUGUGUGAGUCUCUGAAAGCGGCCUCCUUCCCCCCCCACCCCGGGGGGGGGGUGUCUCUCCUUCCUGUCUGUGGCGUCUGCCGCCCCCUUCCCAGUUUGUUCUGUGAACCUUAGAUGGCCACCUACCCUUUUAAAUACUGAAAAUGAAUCAAAUAAAGGUCAUUUUGUACACUGA